AGAUCAAGUUAAUCAAAAAUAUUGUUUAUAGUGACUACAAAUAAAGAGCCUUCUACGUUCUAAGUAUAAACGUAAAUGGCUACAUAAAUACGUAGAUAGAGCAUUAUACGUUUUACCUUUUUAUAUAUCAGUACUUAUACUUUUAAAACGUUUAUAAUUUCUUAAGUACAAAUAUGUUAAAGAAAAAUGGCAAAACCAGCGGCUCCAGCAGUAGUAUCUGCGAUGCGACUGAUUUAAAUCUUCAUACAUUGCAUAAAGAUUUCUUCGUAAUUCCAAAAACACUUAAAACUGAUAGCAACUGUGAUCCACUGGAAAAACAACAAAAAGGUGCCAAAAAUCUUUGCAAUAGUGCUGUCCAUUUUGUAAAAGAAUUAUCUGGAAAACAAGGAACAGAAAAUUAUAGACGUUGCAAAUAUUUGCCCUAUUGGUUGCAUGAUGAAAUAGGAAAACUCUAUAAGGAACACAACAAAAAUAUUGAUAGUAUCCCUUUUAUUAAACCUCUUAUAGAAGCAGUUGAUAAGGCUACAAAAACGAUUACUAAUGAUAAGUGCAAUUCCUUACAUUAUGAUGGUUCUAUUACUUUAGACGAAUGGAAAGCAAGGAAGCUUUUGUAUAUUUAUUUUAAAAAUUUUGAUGAACUUAGCCGUGAAGUCAGUCGCCCUAGUAACGAUAAAUGCAGUAAGCAUAAUAAAUAUCUUAAUAGCAUUAAUUCAUUAUAUAAAACGUAUUACAAGAAGUUACAAUGUAAUGGGUGGUUGAGUUUUGGUCGUGAUUACUUUUAUUGUAGUUCUUUGUAUGACCCUAACAGACUUUUACCUAAAGUAACAUGUAAAGAUCAAUCAACUAGUCGUAGUACUGGUUUUUCAUUUUGGCCUUUUGGGGGGGGGUCGAGUUCAUCGCGUUCAUCAUCUUCAAGCCAGGUAGGUACAAGACAGGCAGUUUCUGCAAGUGUUCCUAAAGGCGGACCAUCAACACCUGUAGCAGGUUCAACAGGUGCCUUAUCCGCACAGGGCGCGAAAUUAAUUGUUGUACAAAUUCCAAAGCCCGUAGACUCAGCAACUGUGGGGCGUCUAGAUGCAGCCGGAACCCUUCUCGGUCAGGAUCUAGUAAAAGAGAGCACGGAAAGAAGAAACAUAAAAGUGCUGAUUAUUAUGAUUAUAAUGAUUAUGGAGAUUAUGAUAAUCAAGAUGAUGAUGAUGAUGGUAAAUAUGCUGAUCAUGGUAAUCGUGAUAAUCGUGAUAAAUAUGGUCGUCGUGAUAAAUACGAUCGUCGUGAUAAAUACGAUCAUCGUGAUAAUCGUAACAAUCGUGAUAAAUACGAUCGUCGUGAUAAUCGUGAUAAAUAUGAUGACAAUGCUGGCUAUGGAGAUUAUGAUAAUUAUGAUGAGUAUGAUGAGUAUGAAGAAGAACUAUCAAGACGCGGACCAGAAAAUUCAUACCGUGACCGCCAAAGGAGGGAAGUACGCAUGUCAUAUCAGCCGAGACGUGACUCUUAUUACUAAUAUGGGCUGA